AUGACGCUCUUUCAUUCUUUAGCUCCUGAUGGAACGCAUAUUUUUCAGAAUAGUAGAACCAAAAAUUACCUUUAUUUAAGUGGAAAUAAUGGUUUACAGGUGUCGGAUAAUUUACCAAGUGUUUAUUCUAAACUAAACAUUGGCAGUGCUCCUUCGGCUAUUUCAUGUAUUAUCGGUAUUAUUAAGUUGAAGAUCAACAAAUAUGUUAUUAUUGCAGACAAACAUACGGUUACAGGGUCUGUUUUGGGUAAGGAGAUUGCACAUGUCGAUUCGUUUAAAAUUCUUCCAUUGAGUAAUGAUUCGGUUUCGAAAAAGGAUUCAGAAGAAUCAAGCUAUCUUGACUUGUUACACCAGCACUUGUCGAAUGCCACGUUGUUUUAUUCUAUUGAUAAUGCGUACGAUUUGACAAAUUCGUUGCAGAGACAAUUCACGUCGAAGCCCGUAACUUAUGAUCAUAGAUUCUGGUGGAACUCGUACUUGUGUGAAGAACUUGUAGAAGCAACAGCCACCGACUUCGUGACGCCGAUCAUAUACGGAUAUUUCAAGUCGCAUGCAGCAGAGUUUAAGGGCCACCAGUCGUUAGAGUUUGCAUUGGUAACCCGUCGUUCAAUCAAUAGGGCAGGUACUAGAUAUUUCCGUCGUGGUAUAGAUGACGAUGGGAACGUGGGUAAUUACAAUGAAACAGAACAAAUCUUAACUACGCACGAUAGCCAGUUAUACUCGUUCAUUCAGACCAGAGGUUCUGUUCCGGUUUAUUGGAGUGAGAUCAAUAACUUGAAAUAUAGACCAAACUUGGUGGUUUCUACAAAGUCUUCGGCCGAGGCAUCGCAGAAACACUUUGCGGAGCAAAUUGAAAAGUACGGUGAAAACUUCUGUGUUAAUCUCGUUAAUCAGAAGGGCUAUGAAUUGGCGGUUAAGGAAGCGUAUGAGAAUGCAGUUGAUACUUUACCACCAAAUGUGGCUGAGCAUGUCAAAUAUAUCUAUUUUGAUUUCCAUCACGAAUGCCGUAAGAUGAGAUGGGACAGAAUCAGUCUUUUAUUGGAGCGCUUGAUUCAGUUGGGAUAUACCAGUGAUAACUACUUCCAUUUUGAUUUAAAGUCGAACUCGAUUUUAUCAACCCAGGACAAGGUUGUCAGAACUAACUGUAUGGACUGUUUGGAUCGUACCAAUGUAGUCCAGUCUACGCUCGGACGUUGGGUUUUGCAAAAUCAAUUUAUCAAGUCUAAGUACUUACAAACAACGGAUGCAGCCCCAUGGGAAAUAUUAGACCCAAGCUUCAACUUGUUUUUCAUGAGUUUCUGGGCAGAUAAUGCCGAUGCCGUUUCGUUUGCUUACUCGGGUACUGGUGCUUUGAAGACUGACUUCACCCGUCUCGGUAAAAGAACGCGUGGAGGUGCUGUGGCCGAUUUAAUCAACUCAAUAACCCGUUAUUAUAGAAAUAACUUGAAGGACGGUACUCGUCAAGAUUCAUUCGAUUUAUUCUUGGGUAAUUACAGACCUUUCCGCGAUUCCCUCACCUCUCCUUUUAUUGACAGAAGACCCCCAUACAUCCAAUUGUUGCCGUACUUGAUGUGCACUUCCUUGUUGGUUCUCUUCGCCAUUUUAUGGUAUCCAAGGGGCUCUAUCACUGAUUGGAAGAAUGUGUUGGUUGUGGGUGCUUGUAUUUUCUACAACGUAAAAAGUUUGGCAUAUCUCAAUAAAAAUGGAUACCAAUUUGUCAACUGGCCUAAGUUAAAUAAAUUGGAUUUCAUUAAAAAGGUUGAUGUAUUUGAUGGUGAAGGUAAAUUUACUGGUAUUAGAUAUGAAGAACAAGAUAACUUCAAGACUGUGGGAAAGAAGAGGACUUGA